AUUUGAAAACAGACAUGGUGUGCCAUCUUGAAUAUACCUAGUCUUAUCUUAUGAAACUGAAGAUGUUUUCAAUCGAUAAUACAGAUAGCUUUACACGAAGAAAACAAGUUUGUGUCAAGCGUUUGUUUAAUAGUUAUUUAUUAUAUUAUUUGUUUAUAUUUAAAAUGAAUUCAGAAGGUUAUGAAUUUCUGGACGAAGAUAAGAAUCAAGAUGAAAUUCGUACGGAAUUGUCACACAUGAGUUUCGAAGAUUUACAAAAAUUAAAAGAAAAACUUGGUACAAAGGUAUACAAUGAAACUGUAUUUGGUAGUCGAAAGAAAAAGGAAGUACUUUUCAAAAGAGAAAACAAAAAUAGACCACGAGAAAUGUCUACGAAGAAACAAGUGCCAAGGUUUAGAGAAAUAAUUCAGGUUAAGAAGCAUAUACCUAGAGAUCCACGUUUCGAUAGUUUAUGUGGUGACUUUAAUGAAAAAGCAUUUAGAAACGCAUACAGUUUUAUUAAUGAUAUAAAGAAGGAGAACUUAGUUACUUUAAAAAGCGAGUUACAAAAGACAGAUGAUCCGAAAGAGAUAAAAAAGAUCAAAUAUCUUAUUCAACGAUUGGAAAAUCAAUUGAGAGAGCAAAAGAGAAAGAACAUGAAAGAAGAGAAGAAGAUCGAAGAGAAGAAGUUAAUAGUAAAAGCUAUCAAAUCUGGACAGAAACCUUCUUUCAAAAAGAAAUCGGAGAAGAAAGUUCUCGAUCUAAUAUCUCAAUACGAGGAAUUAAAAAAUUCAGGGAAAUUGAAGACACACAUCAAGAGGUUGCGCAAGAAAGCUUUACACAAAUCCAGACCACAAAUGGAACAAGCAAGUUGGACAAAUACGAACGUAGAGUAAUAAACUCGAAGAUAUUUUUAUAACGUAUAUAUACAUAUAUGUAUAUGUAUAUAAACCUUAGGUAGAACAAUAAACAUAUUUACUGUUAAUCAAACGAUACUCAUUUCUACUUUAUUUUCAAGAGUAUCUUAUCCAAUAUCCGAAUGAUAUUCUAUCAUCUAAGUGGUAAGUUCCAAAGAGAAAAACGCUUAUUAAUUAUGUAUUUUUUAUUUAACAUCAAAAGUAAUGACACUUGGGUUGGACAAUGUCUCUCGCUUCAUCCUUAAUGUAUUUCAUGUGUGAAAACGGAACUUAUAGAAUAAUCAAUAUGAAAGGAAUCAUCAAUUAGAAGAGAUAUUUGAUCGAUAGAGCAGUGUAUCUCUGUAAUUCUAUUCUCGUAGGUGUGUAUCGUUUGUCUGUCCCCUAUGUAUUAUGUAUUAUUUUUUUUUCUUUGUGUGUGUUACAUGUGAAUGUGUGUAUAUAUAUAUGUAUGCAUGUACGUAUGUAUAAUGUGUCCAUAAUAUGUGUACGCGUGUAUAGGUAUAUAUAUAUAUUUCUAUAUAUAUAUAUAUAUAUAUAUUUAUAUUCAUAUGCAUUUGUUCCGUAUGCGGCGCUAAACGAAAAACAGAAAAAGAUUACAAGGAGACCCGUACCCAAAAGGUGGCCCUUCUCAAGCGUGAAAGCGCCUUCUCGUUGGGUCCACCGUUCACGCACGAUCUGUUUGUCCGCGUCUUCAAUUAUUUAAAAUAUGUACAAUAUUAAUAAAACAUCAUUCAUUUUUUUUUUUCCUUUAUAUUUUUAAUCAUUCAAUGAUUCUCUCGCUUGCUUUAUUUUAAUAUGUGGCGGGCUGCGCAGGGUUUUCGACGUUCCACUAGAUUUUUCCGACGUUCUUGGGUUAAUAAUAACAAUAACAAUAUAAUAAUCAUUAUUAUAAUAUAUUACUAGAAUAAAGGAGACAAUAGUUAAAUCAUUCUUUCAUUUUCUGUUUCCUUCUAUUUUAGGUGUUUUGUAUUAUUCUCAAUGUUAGAGGACUAUCUCUCUCUCUCUCUCUCUCACACACUCUCACUCUCUCUCUCUCUCUCUCUCUCUCUCUCUUUGGGCACAAAUAAACAUUCUUUGUUUUUUAAUAUUAUUUCAACGGAUGAGAAUCCAGAAAUAAGACAAAACAAAAAGAAAAAAGAAAAGAAGGAAGAUACCAAAAAAGAAGAAAAGAGCGAAAAUCAAGAUCCCUUUCUCUCUCGUACAUUUUUUCAUACACUUCUGCACGGUCCAUCGAUUCACUCGAAACUCGAUUUUCGCGAAUGAACAAACUAGAUUUAAAAAAAAAGAAAAGAAAAGAAAAGAAAGAUCGAAAGUCGGACGAUAAAAGGAAAGAAGAAAAGGAAGAAGAUGAGAAAAAGAAUAAACAUGAUU